AAGGGAAGGAGGGAGGAAGAGGAAGAAGAUGAUGAGGAGGAGGAGGAGGAGGUGAAGAUGGAGGAAUUCAGCUUCAGAAAGAGCCGGAGUUCAACUUCCCUCCCGCCUGCUGAGUGUCCCGGCUCGCCCCCCUCCGGACCCCAGCCUCACUGGUUCCACACCCUGCAGGUCCGGAGGACUCGAGGGCAGCGAGGACGCAGCAACAGCGACCCGCUGGGAGGAAACAACUGCCAGGACCAGAACCAAGACCACCUCACCUGGAGACCAGGUCUUCAGUUCGGAGCAGCCCACUCGUACGUCAGUCUGGAGAAACUUGGCGAGGGAGCAUAUGCGUCCGUCUACAAAGGCAUCAGCAGGAUCAACGGGCAGCUGGUGGCACUGAAGGUGAUUCGUAUGAAGACGGAGGAAGGCGUCCCGUUCACCGCCAUCAGAGAGGCCUCUCUGCUCAAAGGUCUGAAACAUGCCAACAUUGUCGUCCUCCACGACAUCAUCCACACCAGAGACUCUCUGACGUUCGUGUUUGAAUACGUGCAGACAGAUCUGGCCCAGUACAUGAUCCAACACCCUGGAGGACUGCACUCACAUAACGUCCGGGUCUUCAUGUUCCAGCUGCUGCGGGCUCUCUGUUACAUCCACAGCCGGAGGAUCCUCCACAGAGACCUGAAGCCUCAGAACCUGCUCAUCAGCUACCUGGGAGAACUCAAGAUGGCAGACUUUGGUCUGGCUCGCUCCAAGUCCAUCCCCAGUCAGACCUUCUCCUCUGAGGUGGUGACGCUGUGGUACCGCCCCCCCGACGUGCUGCUGGGGUCCACAGAUUACUCCACGGCUCUGGACAUGUGGGGGGCUGGCUGCAUCUUCAUAGAGAUGCUGCAGGGGGCGCCGGCGUUCCCUGGAGACACGGACGUGUUCCAACAACUCCAGAAGAUCUGGACGGUUCUGGGCGUCCCGUCUGAACUCAGCUGGCCUGGAGUCAGCCAGCUGCCCAACUACAGACCAGAGCGCUUCGUUCACUCUGAGCCCAAACAGUUCAGGACCGUCUGGAAGAGGUUGAACCAGCUGCCCUACAAGACCGAGGACCUGGUCCAGAAGAUGUUGAAGGGGGUCCCUGCAGACCGGAUCUCAGCACAGGACUCCCUGCAGCACCCGUACUUCAGCACGCUGCCUCCUCCCAUCAUGCACAUCAGAGACACGGUGUCCAUCUUCAAGGUGCCAGGUGUUCGUCUGGAGACGGAAGUCCGAGAUGUCUUCAACCCCAGACGGAGAGUCAAACACUCACUGCUGCCCAGCACCAAGUGCUGGUGAGCAAACACUCAAACAACCGACAUCAGGCCACCUUCAGCCUGACGAGACAACUGGAGGGGCGAAGACACCCGCGAGCCGACAAGUCCACUGGGCUUUCAUCCAAAUAAAGGACGGACAGCCUGCUAGCAUGAAGCUAAAGUGUGAAGCUAAAGAUCGAAUCAAGAAGAUUUUGUGUCUUGCCUUCGUUUUUGUUGGACGUCAUGUCAGCACAUCUGGACGCAGCUGUGAGGAAACACAAUCGUAUCUUUGUUUCAAAGUUCGCUCUCAUUUCACAAAUUUGCUAAAUUUAGCGUCCUUCCAUCUUUUUGUUUGUUUGUUUGUUUGAAUUUAUUCCUUCAGAAACUUUUGAUGAACGUGUUCAUGCGACUUCAGAAACAAGAACAGAAGAACUUCUUGAAAACAAAGCAGUCGAGUUGUUUUGACAAAGUUCAUGAAUAAUGGAUCAAUCAGUGCGUGUUUUGAUUGACGGGUGGUUUUGAUUGAUCGGCGAGAUAAAAGGUGUUUUUGAAUAUUUAACUGUGUUUGUUUUCAGGCGGACGUCUGAUUGCGUUUGAUUGACACUCGAACAAAUAUCAUCAUAAAUAAAUCACGACGCUCAGCAGUCUUUGAUAUUCGGCCCCGCAGAGCAGCGCGACUGAUGUUCGCUCAGCAGACCGCCGCUAACGUAAAGAAAAGAUGGUUAUUCUAAAUUACUCUGCUCUGCGAAGCUAAAACUUCACUUUUACGAUGAAAACAUUUUCAUGAAAACUCAACGGUCAAACCCAAAGUGAGGCGGCCAAUCACAGAGCACAGAGCUAGCCAACAGAAUGACAGCUACCAGCUAGCGUUAAAGCUGUGCAGUUUGUUAUCAGCAGAAGCCUCCUGCUGAUGCUAAUGAGCCUAGCAGAAUAGCAUAAGCUGCCAUGUUGUUAAAGAUCUAAUCAAAUAUAAUGAAUGUGAUUUUUGAUUAAUUAGAAGCAAAAAGAUCCUGAAGUGUAAACAAUCAGAGUGAUAAGUGAUGUGUUUGUGUAAAUAGUGACUGUUGUUUGUUUUUAAUGCUGUCGGGUGAAGUUUGAUAGAUGUGAUACAAUUAUCAUCAUCUUCAGAAUUAAUAUCAUUAAAAAGAUGAAUGAAUAAAAAAUGAAUUACGUCAGUCUGUGCAGCUCCACACACACACACAUACACACACGCACACACACACAGUGCUGACCUGACGCUGACCUCCACAGGGAUUCUGGGAAGUGACGUGAAGUGAAGGCGUUGGUGUUCAUCACUUUCAUGUUUGUGUGUUCAGUGAUCAGCUGA